GGCGGCGGCGGCGGCGCGGGCGGUGCUGAGGGGCCGCGGGGCCGGGCCGGGCCCGCCGCGGGCGCCAUGAGCCAGGGUGGCGGGGCCGCCGGCGAGAGCGGCGAGCCGGAGGCCAAGGUGCUUCACACCAAGCGGCUGUACCGGGCAGUGGUUGAGGCCGUGCACCGGCUGGAUCUCAUCCUUGGCAAUAAGGCAGCUUAUCAGGAUGUGUUCAAGCCAGAGAACAUCAGCUUGAGGAACAAGCUGCGGGAGCUGUGCGUGAAGCUGAUGUUCCUGCAUCCAGUGGAUUAUGGCAGAAAAGCAGAAGAACUGCUCUGGAGAAAGGUUUACUAUGAAGUUAUCCAGCUCAUUAAAACUAAUAAAAAGCACAUCCACAGCCGCAGCACCCUGGAGUGUGCAUACAGGACUCACCUGGUGGCUGGCAUAGGAUUCUACCAGCACCUCCUGCUCUACAUCCAGUCCCACUACCAGCUGGAGCUGCAGUGCUGCAUCGACUGGACACACGUGACAGACCCUCUCAUAGGCUGCAAGAAACCCGUGUCUGCGUCAGAGAAGGAGAUGGAGUGGGCACAGAUGGCCUGUCACCGGUGUCUGGUUUAUCUGGGAGAUCUAGCUCGCUAUCAGAAUGAGCUGGCAGGUGUGGAUACGGAGCUGCUGGCUGAGCGAUUUUACUAUCAAGCCCUUUCUGUUGCACCACAAGUUGGAAUGCCCUUCAACCAACUGGGGACAUUGGCAGGGAGCAAGUACUACAAUGUGGAAGCGACCUACUGCUACCUACGCUGCAUCCAGUCUGAAGUGUCCUUCGAAGGUGCCUAUGGGAACCUGAAGCGGCUGUAUGACAAAGCAGCCAAGAUGUACCAUCAGCUGAAGAAAUGUGAGACCAGGAAGUUGUCUCCAAGCAAGAAACGAGGAAAAGACAUUAAGAGGUUGCUGGUGAGCUUCAUGUACCUGCAGAGUCUUUUGCAGCCAAAGAGCAGCUCUUUGGAUUCUGAGCUGACAUCUCUCUGCCAGUCUGUGCUGGAGGAUUUCAACCUGUGCUUGUUCUACCUGCCCUCUCCUCCUAACCUGAGCUCAACUAGUGAAGAUGAAGAAGAGUAUGAGAGUGGUUACUCCUUCCUUCCUGAUCUCCUGAUUUUUCGCAUGGUGAUCAUCUGCCUUAUGAGCGUUCACACCCUCAAGAGGGCAGGUUCCAAGCAGUACAGUGCAGCCAUUGCCUUCACACUGGCUCUCUUCUCCCACCUGAUAAAUCACGUCAAUAUUCGCCUCCAGGCUGAGCUAGAAGAAGGGGAAAAUCCUGUCCCAGCCUUUCAGAGUGAUGGCACAGAUGACCAGGAGCCACGGGAGCCUGUGAACUCAAUUGAGAAGGAAGCUGAAGCUGAGUUGGCCAAUCAUCAGCCCAGCGAGGAGCAGCGGAAGAACGACUGCAAGAAAAGCAAGAAGUACUCUCGUCUGUCCUGUCUGCGCCGCCGCCGCCACGCCCAGAAGGUGGAUGAGAGCGACCUGAGUGAGGGCUUUGACUCUGACUCCAGCCAGAGCUCCACCAAGGGCAGUGAUGGCUCAGAGAGUGGCUCAGAGAAGAGUGACGAGGAGGCAGAAGCUGCUUUUGAUGUGGAGACGGACUCCGACAUGAACAGCCAAGAAUCUCGGUCUGACUUGGAGGACAUGGAGGAUGAACCAGGCGAGGAAGGAAGCAGCCAAGGCAAAAGUGGGCCCAAAGAGGCCUUAAAAAACUGUGUGGAUAGCAGUGGGCUGGGGGACUCCAAGAGCCCAAGCAUCUCUAAAACUGAAGCUGUGGAUCCAGCAGUCAAUGGGCCAGCUUCCCUGAGCACUAAUGAUGCAAGCAUAGCCAGUAAUCUCCAGGCCAUGUCCACCCAGCUGUUCCAGACCAAACGCUGCUUUCGCUUGGCUCCCACGUUCAGCAACAUCCUCCUGAAACCCAACAGUGAACCACCUGCCUUGAAGGAUGGGAUAGAGAGCAAGCCAUGUGUCAAUGGAGAUCUGGAGAAGCCCAGCUUGGCAGAGCAAGAUGACGUGUCUGACUCUGAAGAAAGCAUUUCAAGUAACAAAUCCUGCAGAAAUGAACGAUCCCUUCAGGAGAAGUUGGAGAUUGUGACCAAUGAAGGGCUGCUGCUUACUGUCAAGGUGUUCCUGGACUGGCUGAGGACAAACACAGACCUCAUCAUUAUGUGUGCUCAGAGCUCUCAGAGCCUGUGGAACAGGCUGUCUGUGCUUCUGAACCUUCUGCCUUCUGCUGCAGACCUGCAGGAAUCAGGGCUGGCCCUGUGUGAUGAAGUCAAAGACAUCCUGAGUGAUGCUGAGCUCCCAGACCUGAAGGCCAGCCUGCUGCUCCCUGAGGACGUGGCCCUGCGCAAUCUCCCCCCUCUGAAAAAUGCACACAAGAGGUUUAACUUCGAGCAGGAUCGGCCCAUUUUCUCUGCAGUCGAGGAGUCUGUCGUGCGCAUCUGCUGCAUUCGGAGCUUCGGCCACUUCAUUACCCACUUGCAAGGCAGCAUCCUGCAGUUCAACUCUGAGCUUGGGAUCUUCAUCAGCAUAGCACAGUCAGAGCAAGACAACUUGUUGCACCAGGCCCAGGCUCAGUUUCACAUGGCUGCAGAGGAAGCUCGUCGGAACAGGCUCAUGAGAGACAUGGCUCAGCUUCGGCUGCAGCUGGAGGUGUCUCAGCUGGAGGGCAGUCUCCAGCAGCCCAAGGCACAGUCAGCCAUGUCUCCUUAUCUGGUUCCUGACACCCAGGCCCUCUGCCAGCACCUGGCUCUUGUCAAGCAGCUGGCCACUAGUGGGAGGUUCAUCAUCAUCAUCCCUCGAACAGUUAUCGAUGGCCUGGACUUCCUGAAAAAGGAGAACGCCGGUGCUAGGGACAGCAUUCGGUAUCUGGAGGCAGAAUUUAAAAAGGGAAACAGGUACAUUCGUUGCCAGAAAGAUGUUGGGAAGAGCUUUGAGAGGCAUAAAUUGAAGAGACAAGAUUUAGAUGCCUGGAAUCUCUAUAAAAUACUGGACAGCUGCAAACAGCUGACAGUGUCCCAGGGCAGUGGGGAGGAUGACACCACAGGAAUGGUCACCAUCAUCACAGGCUUCCAGCUGGAGGACCCGAGCUCCUUCUCAGUGCCCAUGCAGUCUGCCAUCCAGGCAGCCGCCAACGCCAGCAUAGAGAUAAAAAAUGUUCUGGAGUUCUACAAGCAGUGGAAAGAGAUGGGCUGAUGGUCAGAAAGGCAUCGGGUUGGUGAACCUUUCUCUCCCCCUCUCGCAACGUGCAGCGUCUGAACGAAGGAAACAACAAUCUGGGCGACACUUAAGACACGAAGAAGCAGCAGCAGCAGCAACAGCAACAAAAAUACCUACCCAAACGAAUUAAAAAACCAAAAUCCAAAGUGGGCACGCACACUGACACCCUCCACCUGCAUCCUGAGCAGACGGCUGUACAGCUCUGAUGGCGCCAGCUGCUCUGAGAGAGGCCCCUCGGAAUGGCCGGGGCAGAGCUCUGCCCUUCUCCCAGUCGGCAGAGAUGGGCGAGAGACAGGCAGUCCUUCAUCCCCUCCUUCCUCCCAAAGCUUGCUUGGCCAGCAGAAGCAGGCUGGUGGUUCAAAGCAUGGACUUCACUUCAGCAAAACCAAACCAGUGCAGCAGAAACGGAACCCUCCGGCUUGGGAAAGAAGAUCCAAAGAGUGUUUUGCUCUUAUUUGGCAAUCUGGGGACAGGAAAGUGGAUAAUAUUUCUCCCCCCCACCCCCUUCUUUUGAAUUAAUUAUUUUUCAAGGUUUUUUUUCCUUUUAAUUUUUAGGUUUUUAUAUAUAUGAAUAAUAUAAAAAAAAAAAAAAAAAGAAAAAAGAGGAGCUCCUUUAGGGUUUUGGAUACUCUUCCAAUGUCAGAAAGAAAAGGAAACACUCUAUUUAAAAGGGGGAAGAAGCUCUUAAUAUAAUUUUUUUUUUUGUUUUAGAACAAGCAUAUUUAUUUCCUUUCCCAGGCCCCCAUGGAGCAGGCUCAGUGCAAAGGGAUGUUGGCCUGUGAGGAGGGAGCAGCCCCAUGUUGCACUCCGCUCUUCCUGGGAGCUGCACGCUUCAUGAGCAACACAAGCUCCACCAUGCUGCUCCAGGGAGGCCACAGGACUCUGCCUCCAUCGCCAGCUUCUCCCACUAUGCAUUAGACCUUGGAGAAAAGGAGGAAUCUGGCAGAACUGCUGAAAGAGAGAGGAGCCGGCUGGGAUUUAUACACCGUUAAGGCUCAAAUGCUUGGCUUGAGCACUGCAACACUGGGAUGGAGCAGAUGUCUCCAAAGGACCCAAAGCCUCUUUUUCAUCUUUUCUUUUUUCCCUUUUGUUCCCCCCUAAAUCUUUCAAUAGGGUGUGGAGGAGGAAGGAGAAUCUCAAAGCCAUUAUCUUCUGCUGGUUGUUCAAUGCACCACUGCUGCAAUGCUGUGCUAGAGAUGGUGACAGAGCUGGAGAGUUUGUGUCCCCCUUUCCCGCGUCCCUCUGGGCUGGCAGAGGCUGUCCAGGAGCACCGAGCUCACAGACUGCUCCCUGCUUUUGGCAUCCCAGACAGGAGGGCUGAUGCUGCCUGCAAGGAUGCUGGAAAAGCUGGUUGCCCAGGUGAGCUGGGAGGGAUCCUGCAGAGCUCCAUCCGGGCAGCAUCUCAUGCAACCUGUGUCUGACACGCUGUCACUCGGCCGGUGCUCGCAUAUGAAGCUGCAGGUUGCUCACAGGGCAGCAGGAGAGGGGCUGGGCAGUCUCUUCAUGCUCCCUCUUGCCUCUGUGUGCCCACGAACAGAUGUCUCCAUCCACAUGAACCAGCAGCAGCUAUGCAAGUACAAACCACUGGAGUCUUGUAUCUGUCUGUGUUCUCACUUGGGCCAGCCAGAAACUGCUACAGCCAGAGAGCAGAACAUAAUAAGCUGAGUCACAUCUGUGCAGGCUCUGAGCAUGGUGUGUUGUACUGCAGGGGCAGGAUGUUCCUUGUUUUCAGGUAAAAACUAAAAAUACCAGCACAAGCACCAGAGGAUUAAUUUCUGUUCCAGUUCCAGCUCCUUUACAGCGCAGCAGAGGGAAAUGCCAACCUCCAUGGUACAGCUGGUCCAUCCCUGGAGGCUGACAGGUUGGCUGUGAGGGACAGGGCUUUCCCUGCAGGGUCUUCCCUUUUACAGCUUCUUCUGAAACUCACAGUACUUUGCUUGGCUAAGCCAAGAGAAGGUCAGAGACUGGCACACCUUGGGGAUUCUUGGAGAUCUGAGAUGGGUUGUGAAGCUCCCAGUCACCCUUCCCUCCAGUGGUUUUAUUUGAAGUCAUUUGUUUGUGGAGCUCAUUAUUUCUGUUCAAUGGGGUGGAAAAAAGAAGGGAAUCUCCUUGUGGAACUGUUCUUGAGGUGAAGCCCUCCUUGUCUGGUGGGGGGGCACAGAGAAUUGAUGUGCUCUGCUUUUUCCUACUGCUGAAGAAACCCCCCCUGAUCCUGGCUGCUGAGCACAGCAGAGGGGUCUGGAGGUCACUGGGUUUGUCCUGAGAGCCUCAGUGUCACCCUUGUGGCUGCACUUGGGGUUGGUGAAGAGAAGCAUUGCAGGGCUGUAGUCAAAGCAGUGAGGAGCUGGGGGCAGUCUGCACCUUCACCCUGGGUCAAGCAUUCCUUGGGUCCUGGCUGGUUCUUGAGGGGAGAGGAGAGCAGUACAGGUAAAGCAGCAGCCCAGGGGGAAUUCAUGUCUUGCUGGUGGCAAGUGUUUCACUGAUGGCAAGUGUUUUCAGUUCUUGCAGCUCCCACAGCUGUGCAGGGUGCCAACUGGGAGCCAAGUGCUGCACAGCUGGGCAGGCUGAGGAGGAGCUGUGUUCUGAGUCACUGAGGCCUUGUGUGGGCACAGGAUCCAGUUUGAGAACAAAAGAAAAUAAACUCGUGUACUGUAACCAGAGGCAGUGGAGCAUGGAGCCCAUGUAGGGCCACAUGGCAACAACAGGGGCUGCUCACAGCUCUGCUUCAGUCACUGCUCUGGUCCCCUGAGGGGUUGGUUUAAUAUUCCAAGGUUUUGCAUACCUGGAGGGGAGAAGGAAGCCCUCACCGUGCAAUGGGGAAUCCUGACUGCCCCCAUGGCACCUUCCACUCUGGAUGGGGAGGGAUUGUGACCUUUAAAAAGGACACCUGAAGAGUCCCUAUGCUGCCCUCUUCCUGUCCAGAGCACUGUGCUUGAGGACCUGGUGAAUGGUUUUGGAUUUGCAUCCCCAGUCAGAGAUACCUGGAUGGAGCUGAAAACCUGGGAGGCUCCAGAGUGUGGGAGCAGUGUGGCUGCAGAGCAGCCUUGGGGAGAUGGCAUGGAGUGUCCUCCAGCAAGCCUGGCCUUCUGAGGGGGCUCAACAUAUCAUCCCCUGGACUGGGGUAAAGGAAGGCACUUCUCUGCCCCCAUGCCAACACUCAGGAUGAGCUGGAGUUUCCUCCCAGGACAGAUCUGCUCUGCCCAAGGGCCACUGCGGUUCUCCCCUGGCGUGGUGGCUGCUGAUCAAAGUGGGUCUGGGGGGGGAAGCAAAGGGGAUGGUCUAUGGAAGGCUCUGUGCAGCCUGUGGCUGCUAUGGUGCUGCACUGGGGGCUCCCUGAGAGCCCCCCACCCUGUGCAUCCCUGUCCAAGCCAGAACUGUGAGCUGCCUCAGCAGGAGAGCACCAGGCAGGAUGGAGACUGCAGGCUCUGGCCGUGGCUCUUCCUGCCGUGCUGCUCCUGCACCAACUCCAGGCUUGCCCUGGAGCAGCUGUGAGCCAGUCCAGUAGUGCCUGCUGUGCUGGGAAGGAGAGCAAACAGAAAAAACAUCUUGUGGGCUGAAAGCAAGAGUUUUCAUGUGUUCUGGUGUGUUUCUUGGGUUUGGUUUUUCUCUUCAUUACCACCCUGUUGGGCGGUUCGGGGUUUUUGGGGUGACCCCAUGCUGGGAGGACGCAGGUCUGUGGUGGCUGAGGCUGGCUGGGCUGUCCCCAAACCAUGGUGGACACGGUCACUGGUGCUUGUUGGGCUUCUGCUCCAUGGUUUCAUGGGCUUUCCAAGCAGCUCCUCUGCUCCCAUCCUUGCUUGGCUUGAGGCCACCUGCAAUGCCUCAGAUUUUGUCUCGCAUCUUCAAUUUUGGGCUCUUUUCCUUCUGGGUGUGCAGCAGCACUGGCCAGGGCAGGGACAGGGCAGGCUGGCACAGGGGUUGUGUUGCUGGCCUUGCCACUGGCACUGAGGGGAUGUAGGUUGGAGGCGAGGGACAAUCACCUCUUCUCAGCCCUCGUGUGGCACACGGGCUUGCAGAGCCAGGGAGGAUCGAGGGGACCUGGGGCCCAGCUGGGCGAGGAGGGGCUGGGGCUCCCAGCAUAUGUCUGACCAUGGUCUGAGCACAGCAACUGGCUUAAUAAAAUACCAGAUGUUUGUA